CGCGGAGGCAGCGGCCAGGCCCGGCCCCGCGGCUCGCGAUCUUUCUUUGGAUAGUUGUGUUGAAGAUGAAGGUCAGAGGGUUGAGCUGGUGAGGAGGAGGAGCCCAACACCUUGAAGGGACAACUCCAGAUUUCAGGUUGGGCGUCUGGAGGCGGCGGUGCCUGGAGCCCCAGCAGAUGGAGAAGCCAAGUGAGCUCUGACUGCACAGCUGCUCUGGGGCACAACUCUGGCAAUGUAUCCUACAAGGGUGUCCGGCGAGGAGUGCAAUGGCAUCAACAGCAUGGCGGCGGAGAGCGGCCCCGGCACGAGGCUGAGGAACCUGCCGGUGCUGGCCGAGGGCCUGGACGCCUCCCAGAUGUCCAGCAGCCAGGCACAGGCCCAGCCGCCGCCGGGCAGCCUGGUGGGGGUCAACCCCCCGCCCCCAGAGACCUCCAACCCCAACAAGCCCAAGCGCCAGACCAACCAGCUGCAGUACCUGCUGAAGGAGGUCCUCAAGACCCUCUGGAAGCACAAAUUUGCGUGGCCUUUCCAGCAGCCUGUGGACGCCGUCAAGCUCAACCUGCCGGACUACUACAAGAUCAUCAAGACCCCGAUGGACAUGGGAACAAUCAAGAAGCGCUUGGAGAACAACUACUACUGGAACGCUCAGGAGUGCAUCCAGGACUUCAACACCAUGUUUACAAACUGCUACAUCUACAACAAGCCAGGAGAUGACAUUGUCUUAAUGGCAGAAGCUCUUGAGAAGCUUUUCCUCCAGAAGAUCUCAGAGAUGACCCCGGAGGAGACGGAAAUCGUCAUCGCCCAGACGAAAGGGAGAGGCCGUGCCAGGAAGGAAGCAGUGACGUCCAAGCCUGGCUCCUCCGCGGUCCCCAACGCCACCCAAGCCUCGUCCCCGGCGCCGCCGGUGCCGCCGCAGCCUCCUCUGCCGUCGGCGCAGCCUCCGCACCCCUUCCCCGCCGUCACCCCCGACCUCCUCGUGCAGCCUCCCGUCAUGACGAUGGUGCCUCCCCAAGCCCCCGUCCCGCCGCCGGCCCCCCAGGCCCCCGCGCCACCAGCCCCGGCCCCGCAGCCCCUCCAGUCCCACCCGCCGGUCAUCCCCACGCCCGCACAGCCUGUCAAGACAAAAAAAGGGGUGAAGAGGAAAGCAGACACCACGACGCCGACCACCAUCGACCCAAUCCAUGACUCUUCAUCGCUGCCCACCGAAGCCAAGUCCACCAAGCUGGGGCCCCGGCGGGAGAGCAGCCGCCCGGUGAAGCCUCCCAAGAAGGACGUCCCAGACUCCCAGCAGCACGCAGCAGAGAAGAGCAGCAAGGUCUCGGAGCAGCUCAAGUACUGCAGUGGCAUCAUCAAGGAGAUGUUCGCCAAGAAGCACGCGGCCUACGCCUGGCCCUUCUACAAGCCUGUGGACGUGGAGGCUCUGGGCCUGCACGACUACUGCGACAUCAUCAAGCACCCCAUGGACCUCAGCACCAUCAAGUCCAAGCUGGAGGGCCGGGAGUACCGCGACGCCCAGGAGUUCGCCGCCGACGUCCGGUUGAUGUUCUCCAACUGCUACAAGUACAACCCUGCGGACCACGAGGUGGUGGCCAUGGCCAGGAAGCUGCAGGAUGUGUUUGAGAUGCGCUUCGCCAAGAUGCCAGACGAGCCGGAGGAGCCUGUGGUGCCAGCCUCCUCCCCCGUGGUGGUGCCACCCCCCACCAAGGUGGCACCGCCGUCCUCCAGCGACAGCAGCAGCGACAGCUCCUCGGACAGCGACAGCUCCUCCGACGACUCCGAGGAGGAGAGAGCUCAGCGCCUGGCCGAGCUCCAGGAGCAGCUCAAGGCUGUGCACGAGCAGCUGGCAGCUCUGUCUCAGCCCCAGCAGAACAAACCAAAGAAGAAGGAGAAGGACAAGAAGGAGAAGAAGAAGGAGAAGCACAAAAAGAAAGAGGAACUGGAGGAGGCCAAGAAAAGCAAAGCCAAGGAGCCACCACCCAAGAAGGCCAAGAAGACCAACAGCAACGCCUCCAGGUCAGCCCUCAGCAAGAAGGAGCCGGUGGCCAUGAAGAGCAGCAAGGGCCCUGCGGGCUACGAGUCGGAGGAGGAGGAGAAGUGCAGGCCCAUGUCCUACGAGGAGAAGCGGCAGCUGAGCCUGGACAUCAACAAACUGCCCGGGGAGAAGCUGGGCCGCGUGGUGCACAUCAUCCAAUCGCGAGAGCCCUCGCUCAAGAACUCCAACCCCGACGAGAUUGAGAUCGACUUCGAGACGCUGAAGCCGUCCACGCUGCGGGAGCUGGAGCGCUACGUCACCUCCUGCCUGCGCAAGAAGAGGCGGCCCCCAGCAGAGAAGGUGGAUGUCCUGGCUGGCUCCUCCAAGAUGAAAGGCUUCUCCUCCUCCGAGUCGGAGAGCAGCAGUGAGUCCUCCUCCUCCGACAGCGAAGAGUCCGAAACAGAGAUGGCACCAAAACUGAAGAAGAAAGGGCACUCGGGGCGAGAGCAGAAGAAGCAUCACCACCACCACCACCAAGCGGCGCAGCAGCCGCAGCCGCAGCCUCCCCCUCCACAGCCGCCGCAGCCGCCGCAGCCGUGCCCGCCCCAGCAGGCUCUGCCCCCUCCGCCCGUCCCGCCUCAGGCUCCUCCCCCCAUGAAGUCUUCUCCUCCGCCCUUCGUCCCAGCUCAGGUCCCCGUCCUGGAGCACCCCCUGCCGGGGACCAUGUUCGACACCAUGACCCACUUCAGCCAACCCAUCCUGCACCUGGCGCAGCCGGAGCUGGCGCCGCACCUGCCGCAGCCGCCCGAGCACAGCACUCCGCCGCACCUCAACCAGCAUGCAGUGGUGUCUCCUCCAGCUUUGCACAACGCUCUGCCUCAGCAGCCCUCCAGACCCAGCAACCGAGCGGCGGCGCUGCCCCCGAAGCCUCCUCGCCCCCCGGCCGUGUCGCCAGCCCUCGGCCAGCAGCAGCCUCUGCUCCCUCAGCCCCCUCUGCCCCAACCGCCCCAGGUCCUCCUGGAGGACGAAGAACCUCAGCCGCCGCCUCCGCCGCCGCCGCCUCCUCCUCCUCCUCACCACAACCUGCCUCUGAGCACCAGCCAGAUGCAGCUCUACCUUCAACAGCUGCAGAAGGUCCAACCUCAGACUCCUCUUCUCCCUUCAGUGAAGGUCCAAUCGCAGCCUCCGCAGCCUCCUCCGCCGCCGCCGCCGCAGCAGCAGCCUCCGCCGCAGCCUCCGCCGCAGCCGCCGCUGCCCCCGGCGCACCCCGCGGUGCAGCAGCUGCAGCACCAGGCGGCGCCGCGGCCGCUGCACAUGCAGCCCAUGUCCUUCCCGGCACACCUGCCUCAACCCCAACCUCCGCCGCCGCAGCCGCAGCCGCCGCAGCCGCCGCAGCAGCACUCGGCCCCCCAGGCGCCGCCGCAGCAGCCGCAGCCGCAGGCGGCCAAGCCCCAGCAGGUCAUCCAGCACCACCCCUCGCCGCGCCACCACAAGCCUGACCCCUACACCACCGGUCACUUGAGGGAAGCUCCUUCCCCUCUCAUGAUGCAUUCCCCACAGAUGCCGCAGUUCCAGGCUUUGGUCCACCAGUCCCCACCACAGCAAACCAUCCAGCCAAAAAAACAGGAGCUGCGGGCGGCGGCGGUGGUGCAGUCGCAGCCCCUGGCGGUGAAGGAGGAGAAGAUUCAUUCCCCGGUGAUCCGCAACGAGGCCUUCAGCCCCCCCCUGCGCCAGGACCCCCCCAAGCACCCCGACAGCAUCAAAGCUCCACAGCACCUCCCGCAGCGGACAGAGAUGAAGCCCCUCGAUGGAGGCCGUCCUGUCAUCAGACCCCCAGAGCAGAACCCAACCCCACCGGGGGUGCAGGAGAAGGAGCGGCAGAAGCAGGAGCCCAAGACCCCUGUGGCCCCCAAAAAGGACCUGAAGAUCAAGAACAUGGGGUCCUGGGCCAGCCUGGUGCAGAAGCACCCAACCGCCCCCUCCGCCACCGCCAAGUCCUCCAGCGACAGCUUCGAGCAGUUCAAGAGGGCGGCGCGGGAGAAGGAGGAGCGCGAGAAGGCCCUCAAGGCCCAGGCGGAGCAGGUGGAGCGCGAGAAGGAGAGGCUGAGGAGGGAGCAGGAGAGGAUGAGGAGCAGGGAGGAUGAGGAGGCUCUGGAGCAGGCCCGGAGGGUGCACGAGGAGGUGCGGCGGCGCCAGGAGCAGCAGCAGCAGCAGCAGCAGUCGGUGCCAGUCCAGGUGCCAGUCUCGGCGGCGGCUCCCCAGCCCCAGAGCUCCCAGCCCCAAUCCUCCCAGUCCAUGCUGGACCAGCAGCGGGAGAUGGCCAGGAAGAGGGAGCAGGAGCGGAGGCGCCGGGAAGCGAUGGCUGCCACCAUCGACAUGAACUUCCAGAGCGACCUCUUGGCCAUCUUCGAGGAGAAUCUCUUCUAGCAGCACCCCUGGGGGAGGGGGAGGGGAGCCCUAACUGGGAGCUACUGGGAGGGGGCUGCCAGGACCCCUCCAGACGGGACUGGAGACAAAAAUUCCACAGCAAAAUUCCCAAUUUUUGGGGUUUGGUUUUUUUUUUUUUUUUUUUUUU